UUAAUGCAUGCCUCCUCCUCCUCCUAAGGCUGCUUUCCCUAAUCCUGGGGAAUCAGGCAGGCCAUGAAUAUAUCCCCCCCCCUCCCUCAGAAAUGAUCGCUUUAUAAACCGCCCCUUGGAAGUUAGGGCUCUGCAAUCCACCUGGGCCACUUGAAGAAGGACAUCGGGUGCCUUCUGCGAGCAUCUCCCCCAGCAGCGGCUUCUUGUCACGAUGGCCUCCAAAUUGAAGGAACGGAAAAGGAUCCCGGUCUCCCAUAAAGUGAUCGAGAAAAGGAGAAGGGACCGGAUCAACCGCUGUCUGAACGAACUCGGGAAGACGGUGCCAAUGGCUUUGGCAAAACAGAGUUCCGGCAAGCUGGAGAAAGCGGAGAUCCUGGAGAUGACCGUCCAGUACCUGCGGGCCCUUCACUCGGCAGAUUUCCCUCGGGGGAGAGAAAAGGAGCUUCUAGCUGAAUUUGCCAACUACUUUCACUAUGGCUACCAUGAGUGCAUGAAGAACCUAGUUCACUACCUGACCACAGUGGAGAGAAUGGAGACCAAGGACACCAAGUACGCCCGGAUCCUGGCUUUCCUGCAGUCCAAAGCUCGCUUUGUCACCGAACCCAUCUUUUCCUCACUGGGAUCUCUCCCAGAGCCAGACUUCUCCUAUCAGCUCCCACCAGCUCCAGACUGCUUGGGCCACAGCCCCAAUGACCCUGUGUUCCAGCAGGGAUCUGGACACAGCCCCUUUUCCUGGCACAGCUCCGCUAGGAGUCCCACUCUCCCUUACCUCCCCAACGCUCCUGUGCCCCUCACUGGCCACGGGCAGCAGCGCAGCACCUUCUUGUCAUCCGUGCAAGGUCUGGACCGCCACUACCUCAACCUAAUUGGCCAUUCCCACCCCAACACAUUCAGCCUGCCUUCUAGCCAGCAUCCAUCGGUGCUAUAGCCUACGUCUGGCGUUGCCAGCUGGUUGUCCAAAAAGGGUCCCCAUGUCUUAAAGAGCUGCCAGAGAGAGAGAAGUGUAUGGCUUUUGCCUUCCCAGUGUUGCCAUGCCAUUGACUUCUCUGCGUCUUGCAGUUCCUAAAGGCUCAAAAUGCCUUCCAAGGCCAGGCAGUGCCGAGCUCACCUGCGCAUAUUACCUAUUUAUAUUAUUUCAAGAGAAUACAUUAUCUGGCCUCCUUCCACAACUGUAAAUAGAUAUGAAAUUAACGGUGGAGUGAAAUAAAAAUAUACUUCUGGAAAAAGGUUCAGCCUGA